AUGGAGGAGACUUUCACGACAGUGCCUACUGUCGAUUUCGCUCGGCUCAAGAAUCCCGCAACGAAAAGCGAGGAGUUGGCCCGGUUGAGGGACGCUAUUUUCGUAGUGGGGUUUUUAUACCUCCAAUACGACUUUGGCACGCCGGGGAUAGAACGCAAGACCGAUCAAAAUCAAGUUUGGGAGCGACUUGAGGGACCUAACCAGUACCCUAACAUAUCUGGUGCUGAAAGUCUGAUAAAAAGGUACAUCCACGAAAUCACCACCCUGGCUGACGAGUUUGUGCACCUGGUUGCAGAAUCCCUUGGUCUUCCGGCUACUACAUUUGACGACUUUAAAGGAAAUAUGAGUCGUUUAAAGUUUGUCAAGUAUCCCCCCGUCGCACCCAAUUCCCAGGGUGUUGGACCGCAUAAAGAUUCAGCGGGACUCUUCACUUUUCUGUCGCAAGAUGACGCGGGCGGUCUACAAGUCCUCAACAAGAAUGGCGAGUGGAUCGACGCACCGCCGGUGGAUGGAAGCUUGGUAGUCAACAUUCAGCAGGGGUUCGAGGCAAUCACUGGCGGUAUCUGCACUGCAACUACGCACCGCGUGCUUGCGCCUACACAUAGGACUCGAUAUAGUAUACCUUUCUUCCUCGGAGUCAGGCUAGACCUGACCUUGGACGAGCUCAAGGAGACUGCCGCUCACAUCGUCCAGUGCGUGCCAGUCUCCGAUGACACGCGGAAGCGAGCGGUCGAUGUGCCCAGCGAGUUUCUUUCUCCUCUUUACUCUUGUUUUGGCGAGGCGCAUCUCAGAAACCGAGUUCUUAGCCACCCGGACGUGGGGCAGCGAUGGUAUCCAGACUUGUAUGCUAGCCGUAACAUAGCUGAUCAUCAAUUGAUCGCAGCCAUGGUCAACUCUUUCGCCGUCAUCAAGUCCCUGCCGGUGCUGGGCGCAUGCGCGCUGGCCUACACCUUCCCGACUAUCCCGGACGACCUGACCACCCCGUAUCAGCAGCGUCUUGCGGUCACUGGCCCUAAAACGGUCUCGGUUGGCUGGAACACAUAUGAGAAGCUGAACCAGUCCUGCGUCGAGUAUGGCACCACGGCCGAUGACCUCGGAUCCAAGGCCUGCUCGACCAUUUCAACGACGUACGACACUUCGCGCACGUAUUCGAACGCUGUCAACUUGACGGGCCUCACUCCGGCGACAACAUACUACUACAAGAUCGUGUCGGGCAACUCGAGCGUAAACCAUUUCUUCAGCCCGCGCACACCCGGCGAUACCACCCCGUUCAACAUGGACGUCGUGAUCGACUUGGGUGUCUAUGGUUCAGACGGGUUCACGGGCAACGGCUCUUCCAAGAGAGAUACACCCCCGUCGGUCGACCCGGAAUUGAACCAUACCACCAUCAACCGCCUUGCCCAGACUGUCGAUGACUACGAGUUUGUUCUUCAUCCAGGCGAUUUCGGGUAUGCCGACGACUGGGUACUCAAGGUCCAGAACCUGCUGCACGGUGAAAAGGCAUAUCAAGCUAUCCUCGAGCAAUUCUACGGCCAGCUAGAACCGAUUACAAGCCGCAAGAUUUACAUGCCUGGUGCCGGCAACCAUGAAGCCUCUUGCGAGGAGGUCCCUUUCUCUUCCGGCCUUUGCCCCGAGGGACAGAAGAACUUUACCGAUUUACUGCAUCGGUUCGGUAAAACAACGCCGUAUUCCUUCCCUUCCUCGUCCUCCAACAAGACCGCUCAAGCGCUUGCCGAAAAAGCCCAAUCCCUAGCCCAGCCACCGUUCUGGUACUCGUUUGAAUACGGAAUGGUGCACAUUGCCGUGAUCGAUACCGAAACUGAUUUCCCCAAUGCGCCAGAUGGCAAAGAUGGAUCGGCGCAUCUUGGUACCGGGCCCCUGGGCGCACCCAACCAGCAGCUGGACUUUCUCGAGGCUGAUCUCGCCAGUGUCGACCGCAGCGUGACGCCUUGGUUAAUCGUUGCUGGUCAUCGGCCGUGGUACACCACCGGAUCAAAGAGCUGCACCGAGUGCCAGGCCGCCUUCGAGGACCUGUUUUAUAAAUACGGUGUUGAUGUCGGCGUAUUCGGCCACCAGCACAACUCGCAGCGCUUCCAGCCCGUGUACAACAACACUGCUGACCCUAAGGGUCUCAACGACCCGGACGCACCCAUGUACAUUGUUGCUGGAGGAGCUGGUAACAUCGAAGGCCCUGCGGACGUGGGCACCAAGCCCAACUACACGGCCUUUGCUUAUGCGGAUGAAUUCAGCUACGCGACUAUCAAGUUCUUGAACGAGUCGAGCUUGCAGGUCGACUUUCUCAAAUCCUCCACGGGUGAGGUUCUGGACUCGAGUACGCUGUACAAGAGCCACACCGAGUCUUUUGUUGUGCAGUAA